UAGAAAGGACUCCCGAAGAGGCAGAAAAGACCACCGAGAGCCACCUCUGCUCCCGCCCGGCAUCCUGAGCUUGCCCUGCCUCCCAUCGCCCGGGUGCAGCUCCCGGAGAACCAGAAAGAAGAACCGAGAGCCAGAAGGGAGCGCCAAGAAGCCAGAAAGGACUCCUGAGGAGCCAGAAAGGAGCACCGAGGAGCUAGAAAGGAUCACCGAGAGCCACCUCUGCUCCCGCCCCGCAUCCUACGCUUCUCCCGGCUCACAUCGCCCGGCUGCGGAUCCCGAAGAACCAGAAAGGAGCACCGAGAGCCACCGCCCUGCACUCUGCCCUUCUCCCGGCUCUCAUCGCUCUGCUGCACUUCCCGAAAAGCCAGAAAGGAGCCCCGAGGAGACAGAAAGGAGCCCCGAAGAGGCAGACAGGACCCCCGAGAGCCCCCAGCCCGGAGGCUGCGCCUCCCCCGCUCCCUCCGCCGCUGCUCCCGGCCCGCAUCCCUGCGGCUGAUCGGGAGUGAAGAUGAGUGCUGAAGAGAUUCUGGUGCGUGCAGUAGAACUUGGACAAAAUUUCUGCCUCUAUUUUGACGACGACGAUGAGCUGGAGUGUGAUGCCCUGUGCAAGGACAAGACUCUGCACCGAGUGCUGAGGAACGUGAACAGCCAACUGCUGGUGGUGCGCCCCGACCUCAACGUGGCAGCCUUUGAGAACGUGACAGACCAGGAGAUGCAGUCUGGCAAAGGGAUGCAUUUCAGCAUUCACUGCUACAAAACCACCACGCCCUUAGCUGGGUUGCCCGUGGCCUUCAGUGUGCAAGUGGAAAACAAGAAUUAUUACAUGUGUUGUGAGAGGGAAUGUGGAGAAAUGAUCGUAAGGUUCAAGGAGGGAGAAGUUCCCAAAGAAAUUCCUGGUGAAAGCAACAUCAUCUUUUUCCAAAAGACAUUUACAUCCUGCUCCUCCACAGCAUUUAAGUUUGAAUACUCAAUGGAAAAAGGAAUGUUCUUGGCCUUUGAGGAAGAAGGCUAUUUGAGGAAAUUAAUCCUUAAGAAACUGUCAAAAGAUGAAGUGGAUGAAACCAUGAAGAUCAGUGUAUGUGCGUUCAGUCAGAAUAAAAAUCACAACCUAUGAUGGAACACUUCAAGUUUUAAAACAGUUUGCUUUUUUUAAUAAAAGAAACUUUAGUCUGUCUUUAUCUAAAAGUAGUCAGUUUAAUGUUUUAACUACUGUCAGUACUUAUUAAAAAAAUAAAUGCAAGUUUUUGCCAAAAGGCCAAGCAUGUUUUCCAGUCAGACAGAAGAGAAUUACACACUCAAGAGUGUGCAUGUCAAUAUAGUCCUGUAGAAUCUGACCCCAAAAUCUUUAAUGCCUGCUGACGCAACAGCUUUUGAAUUAGGUUUGGACUUUCACAUUGCCACACCCCUCAGAUGAUGAAUUUCUCACCCGAGCAGCUUAAACACAUCCAGCUGCAUCCUGUGUGAGGAAACCUCUGACACUUUCCAUGAGAGACCCUCAGCCUGCCCCAGGGACUUACCCAUGACUCACAUCUGCAUGCCCCUCCUCCCCCUGGGACAAAAACACAUGCAGGCAUUUAAACCAGACCACACCACCAUCAAAAAACUGGCCAGCUACCUGCUUUUGGUAAUAAAUAAAAUUCCCAAUCCACAUUAAAAAGAAAAAAUAAAUCAGAAAGUCUUGUAGAAUGCAAAGAGUGACUUGGUUGUUCUGGUCAUUGCAGAGUCACUGAUGGUAACACAAAUUCUCUUCCUCUCACUACUACUAGUGCCACAAAAGUACCAUGAGAGUGUGGAAAGAGUUUUCUACUCCUUGGCAAUGUGGAAGACAGACAGGAUGAAGAAGGAAGUUAAAAACCACAAUCUCAGUUCCCCCCUAAAAAAUCCCUUAAAAAACAGAACAUUCCUUCAGCCUCCUCUUCGUUGUCUUUUCUGUCACACAGGGCAACAUGGACCAGAGUAUUUAGAAAAUAAAACUCAAAAAAGUGUUGCAGAUGAACAUAAAAACCUUCAAAGUUGAAUGGUCCUAAAGUAAAUUUGAAAAGUAUUUUUAUUCUACACCAAUCCUUGUUGUGUUUUCUAAGGGACAUUAAUUAUCCUUGUGUUAAGUCAAGUCUAAGUCACCCCUAAGUAUUAAUUCAUACAAAUAUUCUUCAUUUUAUGAAGUAAGGCACAGCAGACCUAUCUACAGAGAAAACAAUUCAGGCAACCCAAAAACAGUAAAAAUGGUUCAGAAGCACACACAAAAUUUCUGUAAAUCCUUUAUUGCAUGGAUUAAGAAAAAAAGUAUUCCCUUUUCUACAUCAGCUCCCAGGGUCCCAAGAGUUACAGGGUCUGCCUUACACACUGAUGUCAGAAGCAGCAGUUCAGUUUUUCACAAGCCAAGCUUGUUUUACAGAACAGGAAACCAACCAACAGUUAGAAAAGCACUCAUUAAAGCUGGUAUUACAAGGAGAGUUCCCUUUAGCUAUGCAGGUCUGCCACUGGUGUAACUCAUUCAUCCCAAUUUACAGCGCAGCUUGAAUCCACUCACCCUCACUGGGCAUCUUCCAGUUCAAUCUGCAUUUAAACCUGGUUUUUUU